AUGCCUCCAUCCCAGAAGACAAGAGAAUGGCGGAUAAGCAUAUCUGAACAGGAGUUUCUCAUAUCAACCGACCUGAACAGCAUCUCACACGACUUUGUCAACAACGCCUAUGGCUCAGAUGACAUGUAUUGGGCGAAAGCAAUGCCUACGGCCAUUCUGCGGAACAUACUAUCAAAUUCGCUAGUACUUGGAGUCUAUGCAGUGCAGUUCCCUUCGCCCAAGACGGCGGAAGAGCCUUCAUCGCCAGAGACACCCUCUCCUACACUCGAGGAUCCAUCAUUCUACUUCUCCGACGAAUUCCAGGGAACCGGAGCAGGAGCAGAGAAGCUGGAACAAGUAGGAUUUGCUCGCUUCAUCACAGAUCAUGUCACAGUAUACUAUCUGACAGACGUAUAUGUUGAGCCGGAGUCGCGCGGCAAAGGACUGGGAAAGUGGUUAAUCUCAUGCUGCAGGGAGAUUCUCGAUUCAAAACCACAUCUAAUGAGAGCAAUGCUCAUGGCCUCACCAGGCGAUGGCAAGGAGUUUUACGAAGAGAAUCUGGGCAUGCGAGACAUGCAGGAAGAAGCUGCUGAAGGACACGUCCUGGCCAUGACAAGAAGGCGAAAUCAGUGA